AUGCUACUGAAUAUCAACGAGAAUGAGAACUUGGCUCGCAUGCAACGAGGUGAACUAUACUACGCCUUCACGCCAAAUCUAGUUGCUGCGCGCAAACGAUGCGGGCGUAUUGUCAGUCAAUUGAAUCGCGCAGGUGACCUUUCCCGACGAGAGUUGGCAGAGUACUGGAAAGAUAUCACGAACGAUUCUCCACCUCUACCACCUCCAGGUACAACAGAAGAAGAAGAGGACGCAAUUCUCCAUGAAUACCCUUGGAUUGAACGGCCCAUCAACAUUGACUACGGAGCCAAUAUCAAGGUCGGAAGCAACGUGUUUAUUAAUUUCAAUUGUACCUUUCUCGACACCUGCACAGUCUCAAUUGGAGCUCGCACCCUCAUUGGGCCCAAUGUGUGUUUCUUCAGCGGUACACACCCUCUAGAUCCGGAUUUGCGCAAUGGUACCAAUGGACCGGAGCUAGGUGGUGAUAUCACGGUUGGCGAGGAUUGCUGGAUUGCUGGCAAUGUUAUACUUCUUCCAGGGGUGACUAUUGGAGAUGGGUGUACUAUUGGUGCGGGCAGCGUGGUGACAAAGGAUGUUCCAGCAUGCCAUGUUGUGGCGGGGAAUCCUGCGAGAAUUCUUCGCAAGAUUGAGCGUAGCCGUCCACCAAAGCCUCAAGGCGAUAUGCAAGGGUCGAAUGGAAUGGCAAAUAACAAUGGCGCUACUAGUAGAACAGACAACUGA